UAUAUUUUUUUUAGAAAUAAACAACUUUAAAAUUUUUAUUGCAAUAGAAUUGCGUUUUUAAAAAAUUUUCAACUCAUAAGUUUGCCAUUUUCUCAUGUUAUGAAAUUCCAAACGAGACUUUGAGCAUGCAAAUAUUUGUCACCAUAUUUUACCUACCUCAAUAAUUUGAGUUGUUUAUUUUACCGAGUAAAAUAUGAAUGCAAAAAUUUGAUCCGCACAAUUGGUUGGUCAUCACAGGUUGAUGACUUUGUUGUAGUAAGUGAGUAAAUGAAACGAUUGCACAUUUUCCAUUUAAAAAAAAUGAAGCGGUCACAUGAGGAUGAUACCUUUUAUAUGUUGGGAAGUGAGAAAUUAAAUACGGUAAAUUUCAUAAUGUUGUGAAAUUCCAAAAGAAAUGCUGAGGAAGAAAAUAUUUGUCAUCAGCUUUUAAGAAUAUUCCAGCAUAAUUAAUGCAUGGUUUGCACAAUAUUAAUGUCUUUUAAGAGUAAAUAGGUUAAUGAAACGCUUGCACAUUUGCAGGUGUCUGCCUGCUGGAUAUGAAUGAAAUUCAUCAUGUUGUGAAAUUCUUAAAAGAAAAUUUUGCUGAUAAACAAAAUUUUUUCUUAUGAUUUUAAAUUGCUGAGUUAACAUAUUUUAUCUAUAAAAAUGCAGCUGCAUUUUAGAAUUUCAACAGUUUGUCGUCAAAAGUGCAAGUGUUUUCUUUACAAUGAAUCAUCUCAACAACAUGUCUUUGUCCGAGAUAAUGAAUUUUAUUUCACUUACCAAAUCGGUAAGCGAUUUAAUUGCAAUUAUUGAGAAUAAAGACGGUCAAGUUUUCCUUAAAAAAGUAAUUAAACGGAUUGAAAGUGAUGUGAAUAAUGGAACGUGUCUCACCUAUACCGAGAGAAAAAGAUUACUCGAGUGCGUUGUAGCUCAUGGAGAAUGUUCAGGAAUAUCUGACAGUCUAUGCCGAAUUCUCUCUGGUAAGAGAAAAUAUCAGAGUACUACCGGACAACAUGAUGAUCGUUCACGUUCGCCUCAUCAGAGAGCCAGUAUUAUUAGAUAUGUUGGAAAAGAGGAUAAUAUCAUUGACUUAUGUUCAAGUGAAAGUGAUGAUGAUCAUGAUCAAGAUGCAUCUGUUUUACAACAAGGAGGUGGAAUUGAAACAAUUGAUCCAAUUCAGACGACUAAAAAUAUUUCGGUGAUUGAAAAACUCAAAUCUCACAAUGCACACUUUAAUUAUACGCAGUUGGAGAUUGAGUUUCAAUUAAAGAAACCCGAAAACAACAUGGAAAACGAAAAUUGGAUGGAAGAUGCCUUUGAUGAGGUACUUAAAAUAGUUCGAAUGGAGUCAAAAGAUGGCGAUAAAAUUGUUAUGAAGUUAUUUCUUCAUGAUAAUCCAAAUCACCGACCAAUCUUCAUAGGAAUUCGGCCUCUUUCUGCACUCAACGUACCCAUCAUUUUCGCCCAUCUGGAAAAAGUGCAGCAAAGUACUACUGUUUUCCAUUCAACGGAUGUGUUGGGUGUUCGAGCAUACCUUCUACAUGAGAUGUCGGGCCGAGGGUAUCAUCGCAACCCCUCUAGAAUGACUGCUGAAGAAGUACAACGCUUCAAUGGUUCCUUCCGUGGAUUCAUUCCCUUUGUUUCUCUGACUCCCAAUGAUCUCAAUGACCUUCUCGCGGAAUUUCUCAACAUGCUCCUGGACAUUUUCAUCCCGGUUGGUCUCCUAGGAGUCACUGGAGGUUUUGCUGAGUGCUAA